AUGGAAACGGGCACUAAAGAACUGGUCAUCUGUUCUGCCUACUUCCCUGGUGAUACCACGUUCCCCCCGCCAAAUGAAGUGCGAAAAUUAGUUGCCUUCUGCAGGGGGAAAAACCUUCAACUCCUCGUUGCUUGCGAUGCCAACUCCCAUCACACUACGUGGGGUAGCACGGACAUCAACGAAAGAGACCUAGAGAGGCUGGCCAACUCAAUUGGCCAAGCUAUAGUCUCGGCAUAUCAUGAAAACUGUCCACUAAGAAAGAAAUCCGACAAUAGGAAAGUAUCUUGGUGGAACUCUAAAUUAGAGAAACUUCGUAAAGAGGUUCGGAAAAAAUUUAACCGAGCAAAAUCAGCAGGUGAGUGGGAAGUGUAUCGUCAAAUCCUCACCUUGUACAACAAGGAAGUAAGGAAGGCCAAAAGGGAGUCUUGGGAAAACUUCUGCAGCAGCAUCGAAGAUGCUGCAAGCGGGACAAGACUCCAUAAAAUUCUCUCCAGAGAGCCGUCUUUGACGCUGGGAUCUGUUAAAAGAUCAGAUGGCACCUAUACGGCCUCUGGGGCGGAGACCCUUAAGAUCAUGGCUGACACACACUUUCCGGAUCACGUGCUGAUUGAUUCCGCAUCUGCGGAAGAAGGUAACUUCACCAGUCGCCUCAAGCGACCCAGCAAGGAAUGCUGGAAAUUUGUAAACAAACUUGUCACUGCGAGCGUGGUGAGAAGGGCAGUUUUAUCCUUUCUCCCAUACAAAGCGCCAGGUGACGAUGAAAUAUUUCCAGCUCUACUUCAGCACGGACUGGAAUUCUUAAUGUCUUAUCUCAUUAGGCUCUUCAGAUCCAGCUUGGCAUGGAAUUUCAUACCAUCCAACUGGAGGAAGGUCAAAGUCGUUUAUAUUCCCAAGGCGGGAAAAACAGACUCACAGCCUAAAUCAUUCGAAUGA